AUGAAUGAAGUCGUUCUGGAAGAAGCUAUUAGUGCUAUUAUGAUGUUCAGUAUGAGUUGUUAUGCAGUUGUGUACUACAAAGGGAAUAGUAUUCCAUUGGAAGUUACUUUAGAUACGAUGAUGUGUGACCUCAAAAUACAUGUUUGUGAUUAUUGGAGAAACUUGACUCCUCAGAGCAUAAGAUUUAGGGAUGGCGAAAGUUGUGAUAAAGCUGCCAUCAACUGUGAUUAUUCUCUUCAAGGACUAAUUGUUGUUACCUGUUCAAAGGAAUGUCAAGUUUUAACUUGUUUGUUGAGGCUUCUAAUGGUGGUGCUUCCAGCUAUUCAUCUGGUUGGGAGGAUAUUUUUAAAAGGUGUUGGUCAAGUUUUUCAUGGUGGUGUUGAUGAGGUUCGCUUGGCUGUCAGCAAAUAUUGCAGCAAGUCUGGUUAUACAGUUGCAAAGGUUAAGAAUGAUAGACUUAGGUACACAUCCAAGUGUGGUAGGGAUGCAGAUUGUCCUUGGUAUCUGUACUGUAUUCCAAUUGAUAUCAAUAAAAGUGUCUUUGCUAUCAAGGAAUUCAAUAAGGAGCACAAAUGUGGUGGUGCUUAUAAGCUGAAGGAUCCACCUGUGAAGAAGAAAUUGAUAAAACAUCUAUUCAUGGAUCAAAUACAAUCUAAUCCGCCGAUAAAGCCUAAUGAUAUGGUUGCUCAGGUGAAGAGUUGUUACGGUAUUAGCAUAAAAUACCACCAUGCUUAUAAAGGGAAGGAAGCAUCUAAGGCAGAGAUAUAUGGCGAUGAUGUAAAAAAAUUUACAGAUCUGGUUUGGUAUGUUGAAGCAAUAAAGGCUACCAAUCCUGGCAGUUAUAUUAAAUUUGAAUAUGAUAAAGAGACUCAACGUUUUCAGAGGCUUUUCAUAUGUUUUGCUGCCUGUAUGGAAGGAUACAGGUUCAUUCGUCCCAUGCUUUACUGUGAUGCAACAUUUCUCACUAUUCAAGGGAACAUUGAUGGCCGCCACUGGUGUAAAUGGGAACCAAGGUUUUUUCCUUUUGCGUAUGCUUUAGUUCCUGGAGAAGACAUUGAGGGGUGGGAGUGGUUUAUGGAAAACUUGCAGCAUUGUGUCGACUCUCGUCCAAUCACCUUUAUCACUGAUCGUCAUGAAGGGUUAAAGAAAAGUAUUCCCAAGUAUUUUCCCAUCUCUUUUCAUAGUUACUGUUUCUAUCAUUUGAAGAAUAACCUCCCCUUCAAGAAAUCACAUGAGAAGUAUAAACAAGUUCAGGAUUUGUUCCAUAAAGCUGCAUACUGCUACAGCCUUGCCAAAUAUGAGGCAGCUUUGAAUGAGAUGUGCAUCAUAGGAUGUGGUUGGGUUGCCAAGUACAUCAUAAAUAUCGAUCCUAAGUACUGGGGAAAUGCUUUCUUCUUAGGAUGUAGGUAUGGGACACACUCAUCAAGUAUUGCAGAGUCUUUCAAUAACUGGAUUCAUCGUGAAAGGGAUCUGCCUCCAGCUUCUCUUGUUGAUGAGAUCAGGAUAAAUAUUAUGAGCAUGAGUGCAGAAAGGCGUGAGCUCGGUAGAAAUUAUAGUGAUAGUUUGACUCCCAUCUAUAAGGCUUUACUCAAGUCACAUGUCGAUAUAGGGCGUCUAUGGGAUGUUACGGAGUCAGGUAAUGGUAUAUAUGAGGUUCACUCUCCUAUCUCUCAUGUUGUUGAUCUGAUGCAGAUGACGUGCAUUUUCCAGAGAUGGAAAGUGUUUGGUUUCCCCUGUGCUCACGCCACUGCUGCUAUUACUAUGAGUGGUAUUGAGAUGUUGAGGCCAGAAGCGUAUGAACCUGAAGAGAGAGUCCUACUUGGUAUUCCAAGGCCACCUCCAAGAAGACCACCAAAGAAGCGCAUUCGUAGUGCUUAUGAGAAGGAGAGGAGGCCUAUGAAGUGA